GGUGAUGGAGAAGUUAAUCCUGUAUUCUGUGUUUCUAUUUGGUUUCUCUUCCGCCACAUGUGGAGGAAAGGAUGGUCUUGUGUGCUGCUCCGGAUACAUCUGGAAUCAACAAAUUAAAGAGUGUUUGAAGUGCCCACCAGGUCGUUAUGGAGUGAAUUGCACUGGAGUAUGCAUUUACCCAUCUUAUGGAGAAUUAUGUAGCAGGAUGUGUACAUGUGAAAAAGAUAAAUGCCACCGAGCCAAAGGGUGUUUGAAUACAAAAGAGUACAGCAAUACAAGUGCAAAUAACAGCAUCCCGAUUAAACAGAUUAAAACGAUGCAUGACUAUAGCUUUGAUAAGUAUAACAAAACUAAAAUCCAGGUUCCUGACUGCCACAAAUGUAAUGCUACAUUUACUCCGGAAGAAGAUCAUUUUCAGUAUUUAACCUUUGGCCAUGACGCCGUACAAAUUGGGAUGUUUUCGACAACAGUGCUUUUGUCCUUGAUCUUCAUAUUUUUCCUAUUAACAACAAUUCAAAGUAGGUGCAAGAGAUCUAAAGAAUCAAAAUGUAACAAAGAUUUUGGUAAAGAAAAUGCAGAGGAACAUUACCAUGAAUUGGAUAAACACACCGAAUUAAAAGGGAAUUUCAUCUUUAAUGGAAAAGCGGAUGCAAAACUUGCCUUUGAUGAAACUCAAAACAGAUAUUAUAUAGAGUUAACUGCACUAUCUCCACGCUUUUCUGAGGUGAAGGAUCUGUCUGAGUGUGUUAAAUGCUCUUUCAAGGAGACUUCUCUUAGAAGAAAAGACAAACGUAUCAAACCGGAAAUUUCGUCGGAAACCAGUUACAUUUCACCUUGUCAUCAUCAUUUGGAACAGAUGAGUUGUACUGACACUCAGAUGGUAAAUGAAAACGGGGAUGAGCUAGUUAGAUGUUCGGGAAAGGACAUGUAUCUAUCUGCUACAUCAUGUGAACUGGAGUAAAUAUCUAAAAAUGAAAAAAAAAAUGCUUAAUUUGCAAGACGUACUUUUGUUGAAAAACAAUAUUUUGUUAGAAUUACGCGGGUAUG